AUGAGUGACGAAAUAAUUGGUUUGGGAAAGGAUGACAUGCUUGCGCUAAAGUGUGCAAACUGCGAACUAUACCUCUCUGUUCCUCCUAUAACUAUGAAUGAGGGCGAGUACUACUGUGGCAGGUGUAACAUUCAAGGUACCAGGAUCGAAAUUUAUGAAGAACUAGCUUCACACAUAUUAUUCCCAUGUGUCAAUGAAACAUGCACGCGUCUACUGUCAUGGGGAAAUGUUGCAAACCAUGAAACCAAUUGUCCCCAUAAACUGAUUUGUUGUCCAUUUGUCAAUUGCAUAGAUGUUUACGAAGCAAAUGAAAUAUUGGUUCACUUUGAAGAUUACCACGAAAAUCAUUUAUAUUUUGAAAAUGAAAUUUGUUUUUUCAGAAGGUUCCGAAAUCUGGAAUUUCAUAAAUUUACAGUUGACAAAAGGGCUUAUGCACUAAGCUGGGGUGAUUUGAAGUAUGUUGUUAUGGUCUAUAUGGAUGCUAAAGAACAUCGAAGUUACAGUCCAAGAAUGAACAAAGCAGUUGGCCUAAAUAGAGAGGAAUUAACCAAGUUAAAAUGUAGUCAGUGUCAACUGUACCUCUCAUUACCACCAAUAGUUCAUAAAAAUGGUAAAUGGUACUGUGGGAGAUGUAAGGUAGCUGGGAUCAGAAAUGAUAUUUAUGAAGAAUUGGCCAAAUACAUGUGCUUCCCAUGUGUCCAUGAGACUUGCAAGCUUCAACUACAAUGGGGACAAGUUGCCAACCACGAGCUUGCUUGCCCCCAUAAAGUGAUUUUGUGCCCUUUUAUCAAUUGCAAGGAAAAGUACAAGAACAAGGAAUUUUUGGCACACUUUAGCAAAACUCAUGCUUCUAAUCUGUUUUUUACAAAUGAACUAAGGGCUGGUAGAAGAUUCAGACAUCUGAGUUUCAACCAGUUUGGUACAGAUAGAAGAGUAUAUGCAAUUACCUAUGAGAAUCUUAAUUAUUUAGUUAUGGUUUACCUAGAUGCAGAAAAACAUCCCAAAACAAACACUGUUGGAAUAUAUAAUUUUUCAUUCGGAGUAUAUUCUGUACAAGCCAAAAGCAAAAAGAAAUGUUAUGAAGUUGAUAUACAGAUAAUAUGGGACUCUGGAAUCAUUACAAAUUAUAAUAUUAAAGAUCAGCAGAUAUUACAAUUCAAUGACAGAAUUCAUUGCUUGAAAUGCAUUCAGGGCAUUUGUUCUUUAGAAUUUCAUGAAAAUAAAAAAAACAAUUUUCUACCUACUAAGCUUGCUAAGCUUAAGAAUUUAGGGGAUAUGGAAGUUCAGUUCAGGGUGGCAAUUGUUAAUGCUACAGAACCACAGAUUGUAUCAAAUAAUAAAGGGAAAGAUAAUCAUUCAGAUUUAAAAUGCUCAAAAUGUAGAGACUACAUGUGCUCCCCAAUUUAUGUAUGUAGCUUGAAUCAUUCAUUCUGCAUCAGUUGCAAACGAAGGAUAACCAGUUGUAAUACUUGUAAAACUGUUAUAUUGGAUACUAGAAAUGCUGAUCUUGAAUAUAUUGCAGAGAAGACAGAGAUUCCUUGUCAUAAUAAGGGUAAAGGUUGUAACUAUGUGGGUAUUAUAAGAAGAACGAAACAGCAUCAGUUUGAUUGUAAAUACAACUUUGGUUAAUUAGAAUAUCUAAAUGGAAGCAAAUAUUUUAUUGUGUGUGUAAAUUUUACCUUAGGUUGAUAAGGCUGAUAUUUUACUGUGCUAAAUAUCUACUAGUAUAUCAUUCCUAAUUGUAUACUGGCAUUUAUAAAAAUGCAUAUACCAUUAACAGUGCCUUAUAUAUCUGUUACAUUAAAAGUAGGCUAUCAUAUCUGAGACUGUUA